CAUUAGCAUUAGCAUUAGCCAAACGGACGAGUGAAGGCUUCCAGCCCACAGAGCUGACCGUUGUCAGGAUGCAGAGACAGAGGAGAUCCCACCUGGGCCUGCUGCUCCUGGCCUCCCAGGUGUUCCAGGUGGGUCUGGACCACAUCCCUCCGGUCACUCUGGCGGUCCUGGGUCUGAAUGUGUUCCUCUUCCUGUUCCCAGCUGCUCCCCUGAUGAAGACGUGUAUGAGCGUCCAGCAGGUUUACUGGUUGAACGACUGGCGCCGCCUCCUGCUGGCGCCGUUCCACCACGUAGACGACUGGCACCUGUACUUCAACAUGGUGUCGUUACUGUGGAAAGGCACGAGGCUGGAGCGGCGGCUGGGCGGAGCCUGGUUCCUCUACCUGCUGUCGGUCUUUUCUCUGCUCACGGGGCUGCUGUACCUGGUGCUGGAGGCGCUGCUGGCCCAGCUGGCCCAGGACCAGUCCUACAACCUGACCUGCGCCGUGGGCUUCUCAGGGGUUCUGUUCGCUCUGAAGGUGCUCACUAACCACUACCAGCCUAGAGGGGUGACCUAUAUCAUGGGACUUCCUGUUUCUAAUCGCUACGCCAGCUGGGCGGAGCUUAUUCUGAUCCACAUCAUAGCUCCAGAGAGCUCGUUUGUUGGACACCUGGCAGGUAUCCUGGUGGGUCUGCUCUACACGUCCGGACCCCUGAAGACCAUCAUGAAGAGAUGUGCAGCGUUAGUUUCCUCAGACACACACCGCAGCUACUCCGGUACUUCAGGUUAUGGUGGCGCUGCAGGAGGAAACUCAGGAAGUUCUGCUCCAAACUACUGGAGCGCUGACUCAGCAGUUUACACAGGUGGGCUGACAGAGGCGGAGCAGCUGGAGGAGGCCAUCAGAAACAGUCUGCAUGACAGAGAUCAAACCCGGCGAGGAGAAGCUCCGCCCCCUUAUGGCUUCAACGCAUCUGCAGACCUCAGCGCUGAGGAGGUCAGGUGGAGGAGGCUGAGGAGGUUUGACAACUGAGCUCUGAAGAAUAUCCUCAACCCAAAUGUUUUGUUUAAGAUGAUUUUAGUGAAACUCAGGAAACCAACGUUUGGCACACAGGAAACAGGAAGUUAAGUGUCAGAUCUGAACUCAUUAGAGACACAAAAACAUUAAUUCAUUUAUAAAAACUGUUCCUGAUCAGAAGUCAGUUUGAAUUCAUCCUGAGAUCAUCUCGUCUGAAUUCUGUGUGUUUUAAUAAAGCUGUAAAAGUCCUCUCUGCUCGCUCUGAUUCCCUGAAGCCUGACAGGAAGUAGGCCACUUUAAGAUGGAGCCAGGGAACCUGCGAGCCACACAUGGAGGUUCUGAUGUGUUUCUGUGGUUCUGACCCGCAGCGUGGAGGAGGACGGGUUAAAAUCAGACCAGGGUUUGUUUACACAGAAACAGUGUUCACGCUCUUUGUUCUCUUGUUUUUAUGACUUUAUUCUUUUAAAAUGUUUAACGUUCCUCGGGACAACAGUUGUAAAUUAGCCGUUGUGCUAACGCCAAAGCUUUUUUCUUUUGGAUGUUGAUAUUUGUGCACUGUUCUUUUUUAAAAAGAAAUAAAUUAAACUUUAUAAAUAUA